AUGAUGCAACCCAGCUUCAAGAAGGUGCAAGACGGAGCUCGAGAACAUCCACUUUACUAUCUCCGUCCAAAGUCAAUUCAUGCCAACCACAUUGCCCUUUCAACAACAAAGAGUCGAGUUUUCACAGCAAGCCGUUUUUCUUCAAGCUUCCUUCAACACUUAAUGGCUAUUGUCACAACAGCCAUAGUAGCACUCUCAUCAACUGAUCCAAUUUCAUCGUCCAGCGACAGCUUGUCGGAAUACCAUAUGAUAGAGUGCAGACCAAAAGAUGUCUACAUUAACUCGCUCAACGCUGAAGCUUAUGAACAGCCUGAUGAUACCAAGGCGUUUCUAGAGCCUGAUGAUACGAAGAAGAAGAAAAACUACGGUCAAAUAAAACAGCCUGGAGGUGAAGUUGACGAAGGCUCGACCUGGAUGGUGAAGAGGUGCAAAGUCAACCAGAUGUGCCGAUGCACCAAGGAGAUGAACCUUCGGAAGGCUUGGAGCAUAAAGAGAUGUGAGCAAGCGCAGAAAGAAACGGUAGUGAUGAAAUGCAUUGGCCGAAAUCUCGAGAUCACCUAA